UAGCCUCUGUGUGUUAACCACAUUAUGUCAUGUUGCUGUCAGCAUCCAAAAUGUUGCUGAUCUUCAUAAUUAAUAUGGCCUCGGUUUCUGAAAUGUCCGGUCUACAUACCACAUACUUGAACACUCUUCACACAAAUGGCAUCCUACUCCUGUAGUUCACUACUUUUGACCAGAGCCUGAUACAAAUGUCUUGUAAUAAUCUCCCAGUAUUCGACUUCUCGAUUCUAUUACACGUGGUUAAGUUUGCUUAAAAUGUGUUUUAACUUACCCCUCUCCUUUCUGUACUUUCGGAGUCUCUCUCUCUGUAUGUAUCGAUGAGCUAUCGAUGAUAGGUAUCGAUAUACGGAGUCCACGCCCCUCUGAGUCCUAUAAUAAAGCCAGCAUCUGGAAACAGCGGCAAUCAAGCGUCAAACACAGCAUCACACGGGAGGCAUUCAACAAGUACACAACACUACCGACGGAGAUCUAUUCAUAGUCUGUGAUACUUGUUUUCUGGGGAAUUCAUUUAAAGGCUUGAACAAGACAAUUUUGGACAAUUAUUGUACCCUCGAUAGAGUCAUUCUUUACUUAGAAUCCAACGACACUUAACAUGGUUCUCCUGCGGUUAGUAGCGUUACUCCUUGCGGUCACGUGCGCCACCGGAGAGGCGAGCGCCAAAAUCAACUCCAUCAAAACGGUGCUGCCGGAGCCGCACGCGACAGCAGCUGGCAGGUCCAGGGCGGGAUCACCACAGGUCUAUCCCUGCAGUAGCGACCUGGCAUGUGGCGAAAGAAGCUUCUGUCACGCCCCUUCCAGAAACCCCGCCCCAAAGAGCUGUCACGCCUGCAGAAGGCGGGCGAAGCCGUGCCGUAGAGAUGCCAUGUGUUGCCCUGGCAACCACUGUAGCAACAAUGUCUGUACUCCUCUGUAUGAUAGGGGAGCGUCUCAUCGUAUCCCAGCGGUUGAGGAAAACCACAGGAAGAAGGUGGGAUGGAGGACAAAGACUCACACCAAGCUGCCCACCAUCAAAGGUCACACUGGAGACCCGUGCCUCAGGACCUCAGACUGCUCCGAGGGUCAUUGCUGCGCGCGUCACUUCUGGGGGCGCAUCUGCAAGCUGGUGCUGAAGCAGGGGGAGGUGUGCACACGCCACCGCCGGAAAGAACACCUGCGCCUGGAGCUGUUCCAGCGCUGCGACUGCGGGGAGGGGCUGGCCUGUAAAUCCCACCUCCCCGUCCAGCGCUCACCGCGGUCCUUGUCGUCAACGCCGUCGUCAACGCUGUCGUCAACGCCGUCGCCUCGUGCUCACUUGGCGUCGACCGUGGCGGUAGCAGCCAGAGGCAGGUUGCACCUGUGCCAGGGGAAGUGAGUUAACGAGUCUUAACCACUUCCUGUUCCUCCGCUGACCGCCUCCUCAGGACGGGGCUCAGCCCCUCACAUUGGGGAGGCGUGGGACACCUUCAGAGACUGAGAAAAGAGACAGUGAGGGGAGGGGGAAGGAGGAGAAGGAGGAAGAGGCGUCUGCCUGUAGUUCCUCCUCCCGCCUGGAGUUGUGACAUGUUUCUAAGAGACUCUUGAAGCUCGACUCCGCCUGCUUGGCUUAGGUUUAGUGCUGUAGCACAGUUUAAAGGUCAAGGUGUUUUCUGAUUAGGCACUCAUAUGCAGCGUCCAAUGUAGUGCCGUCUCUGCUGACAGUAACAGAUCUGUUUAAUUAGUAGCCGUUGCUAGUGCAGCUCUUUAGCUCUGCAGAUUAAAUGGAGCUCUAAGCCAUAUUUACAUCUGACUUGAUAUUUUGGGGUAGACAGAUAGGUGUAUGUCAAAUUUUCUAUUAUAUUUUUAAAGUAGAUUUAUAGAAUAUCAUAUAAUUUUUUCAAAAACUGCGGGUCCAUUUGAGGCCAAUUUCACAAAUGCUGGCAGACAAAGAACUCUGGAAUACAUCUUUAACACACAUUCCAAUAAGACUCCUGAAAUAGUUAUCCGCUGGCAUACAGUCAUUCCAUGAGACAGUUCAAUGUUUUACACAUUUAAAACAUAGAUUAUAUCAUUUUAAAUGUGUCUAAGAUUUGCAUGAGAACUCAAACUCAAAUGGGUUUCUACAGAUUGCCAUUUCUGAAGGAUCUUAUGGUGCAAAUGAAGGGAGUAUAAAGUUAUCAGUGAUUGGAUGCCUUCCAGCCAAUCAGAGUAACACAACCAAUCAAAAUACUGCUUUACCCAUGUGUGUUCUGACUCUAGCCCAACCUGUCAGUGUCUGGGACCAAUCAGAACGAUAAGAAUGUGUUUGCAUUCUAGGCACUGUCAGACAGAGUGCGGAAAAGACCCGUCAUGUAGAAGAGACAUUAAACAUCUCUGGAGUUCAGCUAGAGUGGUGAAUUUGGGUUGCCAGGCAAGAUUAGGAUUAUUUUUCAUUACUCUUUCUUUAUCAUUGAGAAUGAUCACGAGGCUGAUCUGUGUGACUGUGACGUUUCUUUUUAUCAAUAUUAAUCUAAAAAACAUUCAUGUAUAUUAAUCUAUUAAAUCUCUUACUGAAUGAUUCAUCUGAAUGAAUGUAUGUUAUAUUAGAAAGUUCUUCAACAAUUAAGCAUUGACUAAAUUGACAGAACAAUAUUAAAGAUCAUACAU